UGACGAGAAUAACAAGUUAGAAAUGGAAGAUGAUGAUUCAAGAUCGUUUGAUACAAAAUACAGGGGUAGAUCUGUUUCAGAUGAGGCUCAUGGCUCUAUGGAUGAGACAGAAACGUAUACCCAGCUGAAAUCAAAGCCAGGCUCUCAUCAUGAUCAGGGAAGCAACACCCGAUCAUUCAUCAUCGUGGGAGUGAUAUUUCUUGUGUCACUUAUAGCACUAGGACUGGUGUACCUCAACUUUCCCCAUCUAGACGAGAAUGAAGUUCAGUAUAUCAGGUUGCCCAAGAAUAUUGAAGAUGCUAAGAAUCUGGGAAGGGUGUUGUCAAGUUACAAGGAAAAAUAUUUCUAUCAGCUUUUAGGAGGAUAUUUUAUCACUUACAUAUUUUUGCAAUCUUUUGCAAUCCCUGGUUCUAUAUUUCUCAGCAUUAUCUCAGGGUUUUUGUAUCCAAACUAUGUAGCAUUGUUUCUUGUAUGCUUGUGUUCUGCAUUAGGUGCUUCUAUCUGUUAUUUAUUAUCCUUCCUGGUUGGAAGACGCCUCGUCAAAAAGUAUAUACCUGACAGAGUCGCAAAAUGGCAGAUGCAUGUUGAAAACCACAGAGAACAUUUGCUCAAUUACAUUGUCUUUCUGCGAAUCACACCGUUUCUACCAAACUGGUUUAUUAACAUUACAUCCCCAGUUAUAAAUGUUCCUUUAUCAACAUUUUUCAUUGGAACAUUUAUAGGUGUUGCGCCACCCUCGUUUGUUGCAAUCCAAGCUGGGACCACUUUGUAUCAACUGACAUCAUCAGGAGAUGCUGUGUCAUGGACGUCCAUGUUGAUACUGGGCAUACUUGCAAUUCUCUCCCUUCUACCAGUGAUCUUCAAAAAGAAGUUACAGAAGAAGUUCGAUUGACCAGAACUUAUUGUCUAGUUGUUGUAAAUUAGUAAAUGUUUGUCUAGAUAACUUUAAAUACAUAAGUUGAGGUAUCAUACCACUAUUACUCUUUUGCCAUGCAUAGUUUCCAGUAAUAUGUAGAGAAUGCAAUACAUAUCUAUAUUUAUUUGGAAUGUAAUGAACAAUUGUGGUCUUUGUAUUGUUCACUUUACCUGUAAACACAGACAAGCUGGUGAUAUUUUUUGAAAAAAAACAACCUUUUUCUUCUUAUUUAUUUAUUGUUACUACCUGAUGAAUACAAUCAGUCUUGGCUCACUUUUUGUUUCUUCUCUCUGUUUUUUUCUUCUUGUUUUUCUUUUUUUGUUUAGACACAGUGUCUUCUUCUUUUUUAUGGAUAUGAAAUAUGCCCCAAAUGAUUGCAUAGAUAGUUAUUUUCAAUGAGAAAAUGGGUGUUGAUUACCGUAAGAGUGUUAAAAUGUGUUAAGAAUAUUAAUGUGUAGCUGAUUAGCAAGUUCCUGAUUGUACAGGAUCUCUGCUGUAUGGAUAAUGCUUAUGAGUAGUCCUUUGUUUUCCUCUCACCUUUUUUGAAAUGAAAAGGCAAGGUGUAGGUAUUAUUUUUCGAGCAACGGUAAAACCGCCAUCUUUUGCAUUUAUGUCAACGUUUCACGUUUAGCUCCAUUUCUGAUAAAUUACAAGUCCUCCAUCAGUGAAUCUUGGUUUAUAGUUAAAUCUAUGAAUGGUCAUCUCAAUGCAUUUAAACUAUUUUGAAUUUUGUUAAAUUAAAAUUUUAAUUGAAUUGUUUUAAUUGACUUUGUUUUCAAGUUUAUUUUUUGUUUAAUUUGUUUAUAUGAAUUGAGAUGGACAUCUAUGGAUGGUUUUAAGUGUUGUAGUGUUGUACAAAAUAUUGACAUGGUCUAAGCCAAUAGCUAACAGAUUUUUAUAAAAUGUUCUUGGGUUCAGUUUUGUGGAUGAAUUGUAGACUGAUUAGUAAUUUUAAUUCUGAAAGUUAACGCCGUGGAAAGACAGCAUUUGCAUUUAUUCAUCCUCUCGUAAUGAGACAUUGAGGGAAUAUAGCAUUUUGCCAAUUUCAUUUCUGAUUUCGCCUCUUUGUGUCAACGGUCAAGGUUUUAAAAAAAAAUCACGACACCACCACUCUUCUCACUUCAUUUCUCAUCCAAUUUCCAUGAAACUUGACAUAUAGGAAUAGAAUCGUCGUAUCUUGAACAAGUUUGCAUUUCACCAUUCAAAGGUCAAUGUCUAGAAAUUACAUCUACCAGCAGUUUUCAGGAUUAUUGUCAAACUGGGAGGAUUUUUACAACAUUUCCAAUACCUGGUGUUUAUGUUUGAUUUUACUAAAACAAAUUAAUUAAAACAUCAAAUUACAGUGGCUUUAUGUUCAAGUGGAUCAUAUUAAACCAUCAGUGGUCGAAAUACUCCCAUCCCAACCAGUUUUUGCCAGUCAGCGUCACCACAUGCUGUGAUAAUAUUUUGCCUGUUGGACCGGCAAUUACUUUACGUUUAAAUUCACACUUCAGUUUUAGUUUCAGUCAAUCAUCUUUCCUUCUGCAGAAUUUGUAGUUUACCGGACAGAAUAUCUGGCAGGAAUGUUAGCCAAUUUCGACCCCUGAACCAUCCAUAAUAAGAUCUGUAUCAAUAUUUAAAAUAUUCUGGAAGUGUAUUAAUACUACUAUUUAUGAGGAUUUUAAUUUUUUCAAUAUAUCUGUACUUGUCAUAUAGUAUUUCAGGGUAUGUAAGUUUUUUAAUAUCUGUUUUCCCAUUUGUUUCUUUAGAUUAGAGCACCAGUUUAGUAUAAUCAUGUUGUAAUUGUAUACGCGGCAUUUAUAUGCUUUUUUGUUUGACACUUGGCAGCCAAUGUGUUUGUUCGAGCUGGUGUUUUACACAGUCAUUCAUUGUUUAAUCAUGUCCUACUUAUACAGUGAAUCACCCCUAAACCAGACACCCUCAUGACCAAGUAAAAUGUCCGGUUAUAAGGAGUAUCUGGUUUAAAGAGGUUAUCUUCUGUACUGAUAUUUAAAAAGGGACCAUAAAAAAUGUCCCAUUUAAAAAUAAUUCCAGUUUACAGAGGGUCCGGUCUUGAGAGAUUUCACUGUAUUUAAAGUUCUUUGACAUACAUGAGAUACCUUUGACAUAUUUGUGAUGUAAAUUACUUUUUAUAAACCAAUCUUUGAAUACACCCAUAUUUGAUGGGUCAUAUUAUCAUAUGGUGUUUGUACGUCCAUUCGUCCGUCUGUUAACUUUUCUUGUUUGGUGAAUAUCAUCCUUGUUAAUUCUUAUAAAAUCAUCAAAUCUUGCAUGCAAGUACAAUUUGGGAUGGCGGUUUGUCUUGGACUAUAACUAGAUCUCCAAAAUGUACUUUUCACGGAUUACUACACACUAAAGGAAAUUUUGUGUCUGGGCCAUAUAUCUUCCUUACCAAUGCAUAAAAGAUUGUACAAUUAGGGAGGAUAGUAUGCUAUGUACCAUAAUUAGGUCACAGUGACCUACUUGUCAUAUAUUAGGCUACUGCGCAUUAAAGGAAAUCCUUGCCCAGGCCAUAUUUUUGUUAUCAAUUAUAUGUGAUCAUCAAACCUUGCAUGCAAGUACAACUUGGGAUGGCAGCAUGUCCCAUUCCAUAACUAGGUCACCAUGACCUACUUUUCACUGAUUACCGUUCAUUAAAGAAAAUACUUGCCUGGGCCACGUCUUGUUUAUCAAUUUACAGUUGAAUAGAGUAAAACCAUGUUUAAAAACCAUAUUGUUGUACAUUUUGUUUUCGCAUGUCUUAACUGGUACUAUAAAAAUUAAUUCAAAAUAAAGUAAUGUAUAUUAUUGCACAAAUUUCACAAAUUUAUAAUCGAUUCAUUAAUAUUUGUGGUUCUCUAUCAAACUCCUGACAGGUCUAUCAUGUACGUCACUGUACUCUUUUGGUUUCUAGUCAAAAUGUGGUCUUUUAAAAGAGACUGUUUAAAUGCAUUUUUUGUUUAGAACAUGGGCCGAAUUUACGAAGCCUGUUUUUCUUAAAAGCAGGUGUUUAAGCAUUGUAAAUUCAUGUAGUUACACAUGUGUAAGAGAUAAACAGGCUUUGUAAAUUUGGCCUGAUGUUUCUAGUCCUAAUGUCUGUGGUAGUGCAAACUCGAUAAACAAUCGAGGGACCCACAACUGACCAAUUUCUAUUAAAUAUUUGACUGGUUCAAGGGUUUAGUGAAUAUACACUUGCAUAAACACUGACUUGAUUGAAACGUAUUUUAGUACUUAAAAUGAAAAACAAAUGGAUUAAGCAUAAGUUUUCCAUCUCACUAAGCCUUUUUCAUUAGAGCUUUUCACCAUCCCUGGUGUGUAAGAUAAAAGAUAAGUUACAAAUGAAAGCUCAAUUUCAAAUGACUCAAAUCAUUGAGAUAUUUUGAUAUCCAAAUUUUUGAGAAUUGGAAAUUCAUACUAAUUUUAGUGACCUCUUGUGGCGAAAUUUAAAUAUUUAGUGCAAUACACAUAGUCCACCACCAUUUUGUGUGUGAAUGUUUCGUCGUCGUCAAAUUGUCUUUCAGCCAGUUUUGUUUGUGAAUAAUAGAUCUAUAUUUAUCAGUACUUGCUAGAUGCAGCUUUUGUUUGAUAUUAUUGCUGUCGGCAUUCCUUUUGUUUAUGAUUCACUGUAUAUUAUGAGCUUUUAAAAUAUUCUGCAAUAUUCCAGUUGGUACCAUUCCCUUUUGUUUGAUUUAUCCGUCUGUCAUGGCUUCUUGAUUUACCCAUGUAUACAGUCAUUACUGUGACAUUAUCUUUUUAUGUGAGCACAUUUUGCAUACCUUUCAAGUAUGAGGUUUACCCAGCCAGUAGUCCACUUAGCCGUGUUUUGCUUUUCAUGUAGACUAGCUAGAGCAAGUAGUAUUUAACUAAUAAAUUUGUGAAGAUAUGAGCCACUUUUGUACAAAGGUAUCUGUUAUUCCAAAAUUUGUAAAUUUUCUAAAACAAGGAUUUUUUGUGGCGACGAUCGAAAAUAUGUAUUAUUUAAUGGAAUUUGUUUUUAAAUUAAUACCUUUAUCUAAAUUUAAUACACUGUUGUAACAAAUGUUUCUUUUAUAAGUUAUGAUUAAUAAAUUCGGAUAGCAAAGUACAUAGUAGUUUUAAAUUAUAGCUUUCAAGUAUUACUCCGAGUUUAAAAAAAAAAAAAUUGUGAGGGGUUUUUUUGCUGGGUUUUUUUUAAAUUAUUAUUAUUAUUAUUGUUUUUUAACAAGUAAAAUUGUCUAUCAAUGUAGAUAGCGAUUUAUACACAGUUAUUAUUAUAUCAACACAUUAAUUGUAGUUUAGGUAUAUAUUACCCUAGAAGGUUUUUUGUUUUGUUAUUUUGUUAAUACAUUUUUACAAGUAAUUUUAAACCUAAAGCAAAAGAAAAAGUAUAUUAAUGCUAAAGCAUAUUUUCAGUUUGUGGAUUUGCGGUAACUCAAAUUCAUUGUGUUAUUUUUUAAUCAUUAGGGUUCAUCAUAAAAAUUUAUUUUGUUGUUUGUAUGAUAUCCAUUUUGAGACUUUGAAACAGAAUUAAUUAGCUUUUAUUGUGGGGAAUACUUUGAAGGCAACAGAAAUUAUAUGUGGUUAUUUAUAAGCCAAAUGUGUGUGUUCAUAUUAAAUAAACCAUGUGACAAAUCAAUUUUGUUUUAAUAACCUAUAAUAAAAUUGGUAGUACACAGUUAUAAACAAUCAUUGUUUCAGUUACUAUGGCAAUGCUGUCAUGUAAGAAAACCAGUCAAUUGAAAUAAAAGUUCUAUCUUUGAUAUAUUGUACAUGUAUAAACUAUAACGGUUGUUUGUAACUGACAGUUUAAUAGUUUAAUUUCGUUUUUGUAGAACAAUGGAAGUUUAGUUAUUUUUUAGUUGUUGGUUGGGUGGGGUUUUUUUUGGUUUUUUGAUAAAUAUUUUUUAGUGUUUUCUGUAGCUUUAAUACAUACCUGUUUCAUAUAAAUGUGUUGGUAUGAACAUUUCCAAUGGUAACAAUAUUUGUUACUUGCAAUUGUUUGCUAUAUGUUGAUGUUGUGUAACUUUCCAUCACUGAUGGUGUGAACAUAUUUAUUGGCAACUUGUUUCCUAGACAUACAUCAGUGUGAUUGUACAGUUAUUUCUUUUGGCACGUUAUCUGUUGUGUAACCUUUCACCCAUCAUACAAAAACGUUGCGAUUGAUGGGAACAUUUUUAUAGGCAACUUAGGGUUUUUGUGAGGGGUUUUUUUGUAUAGCCAUAUGUUAUUUUGUUCAUAUGGACAAUGCUUUUAAAUACAGUAGUUUUACACUAUUUUGACAUUGGGAAACUUUGUGGCUUUUCAUGUUUUAAAACCAUACUGUUGUAAUAUUGUAUCAUUUAAGUACAUUUUCAUAUUAUAAUACCACAAUAAUACGUGUUUUCACAUGAUAUAACUGGUACUGACCAGCUGUAGGUCAUAGUGAAAAGUGUCAUUUUUGGUGUCAAAAUGUUAUAUUUGAGUUACUAACGUCCAAUAUUCAAAAGAAAAAUGUAAAACAUUUUUAAUUUAUAGUACCCAGUAGGUUUUAUAUUUCUCAUCAGCAGAUUGUACUCGGUCCUAAGAAAUGUUUUUCAAUGCGAUAUUUAUUGACACAGUAAUUACAUAGCAUGACAAUCAUAUUACUAGUAUGCAUUUUUUAAUGCAGAACCUAUGGGGAGACUGAUUAAAUAUUGUAUGUUUAGUUUACAUUUCAGUCAUAAAGAUCUCAUGACAUCGUUCAAGGUCCACUAGUCACGAAUUGUGACAGGUGUUGUCGUGCACAUAGUCACUUCUUGUAAUGUGGAAAGAUUUUUUUGUAAAGAUUUUUUUAUUUAUUUUCUUAUAUUAUUUUGUAAUAUAAUGAAACCUGUCUAAACCGGACCCUGAACUAACCGAAAUCCUGUCAUAACGGGCAAACUUCAUGAUACCGAAUUUUCUAAAUUCUAAAAUGUCACAUUCUAAACACCUGAUCCUGUCUAAAUCGGAUAAAUAUUAGGUCCCCAGCAUACUAGUAAUUGGGUUUUGAUAGGUUUCACUAUACAUUUGUGCAAUUUGUAAAAUGGAACUACCACUCAUAAAGAUAUGACCAGAGGAGGUCAUGUGAUUAAAAUGAGACUAAAAUAUGAAAUAUAUUCGUAAUAUAUAUACUCAUUAUUACCACAACACCCGCAUUUUAUUUUUACAUGAUAAAAUGUGCCUUCUUAAGUACUGCCUUGUAGAUGUCUCAUUAAUUACAUUACAUAUUGUUGCUAAUGUCUCUGUUGUGGAUUCUGCAAGGCUCAAUGUCUCUGUUGUGGAUUCUGCAAGGCUCAAUGGGUAGGUGUAAACCACUUGCACCAACCAGUGAUCCAUAACUGGUUCAACAAAGGCCAUGGUUUGUGCUAUCCUGCCU